CCGGUGCCCCACGAUGAUACGUUCCUGAUUGUAACGUAACGGAGUGUUGCAUUCAAAGACCGCGGUGACGGGGCCCCCACCUGUUUCAGAAACCAAGUAAGUUGAUCGGGCUGCCUACAACCAAGGGGAAAUAUCGUAGGCGCGGCAGUUUUCUGACGCUGCUCCUCCAUCAAAGAAGCCCAUGAAACAAACGGGGGCUUUCCCUUUUUUCCUCUAAAAUAAAUAUAACAAAAAUAUAGAGAACCGAAAUAAGAGAGAGUCAGUGUGUGUAUGUGUGUGCCUUUGGUUUCUUUCAUUGCCCCUAAACACGAUCGAUAAUUUCAAAGCAACCCCCGGAAAACGCAGUUCGCGACCCCUAUAAAUGUUUCGCUAUUAACAUUUCAAAACGGAAGCGUUCAGCAGGUCCAGGAACGAUUGGAGGAUCCUCCAGCACCUCUAGAGCCAAUUUGCUCUGACAUUUGUGACAUUGUUGAUGAGAUACGUCACAAAUAUCUCUAUUCAUAUAAAUCAAACGAAAGGGAAUUAAAUGCCCUAUUAAAAAAUCUACAUCUCAAAGCACUAUUGGAGACACACGACGCAAUAGCAAAACUUCGCGAUUCACCGCAAAGUCCAAAUCCACGAUUUUCAAUAAUGCCAGCUGACGAAAGAACGGAAGCUGUCCGAAUGGUUGGACUGAGAAGGCAGCCCGACGAACCAUUGGGACUGACAGUUCAAGUAGACGAGUCGGGAAAUUUAAUAAUCGCCAGGAUAUUGGGCGGAAGUACAGCAGCAAAACAAGGUCUUCUGAGGAUAGGCGAAGUUAUUCUUGAAGUUAAUGGAAAAGCAGUUCAUACACCAGAUGAACUUCAACAGGCCAUAAUGGAAGCCAAUGACAACCUCUCACUAAAAUUGGCUCCAGGAAUCGCGUCAGAGGGAAAUAAACCCGCGAGAUCAACAUGCUACAUGAGGGCCUUGUUCGACUACUAUCCACAGGAAGAUACAUUGCUUCCUUGCAUGGAAAUAGGACUCGCAUUUCAGAAAGGUGACAUUCUCCAAAUCGUUGAUCAGGCCGAUCCAAAUUGGUGGCAAGCGAGAAGAGUUGAGGGCGAAGGUGUAGGACCACCGGGACUUAUUCCAUCGCUUGAACUUGAAGAGAGACGAAAAGCAUUUGUACCGCCGGAAGCUGAUUUUGUUCAUAAAAUCAGUAUUUGCGGAACGAGAAUUUCAAAGAAGAAAAAACGCAAGAUGUACGAAUCAAAAGCAAAUGGAGAAUUUGAUGGAGCUGAAUUACUUCUCUAUGAGGAAGUCGCGAGAAUGCCGCCAUUCAGGCGUAAAACUCUCGCUCUAGUCGGACCGCGUGGCGUUGGAAGAAGAACUUUGAAAAAUAGGCUAAUCAACAGUGAUCCUGAAAAGUUUGGCACAAUUGUACCUUAUACAUCUCGACAACCUCGAGUACUGGAAGAAAGUGGAAAAAGCUACUGGUUCACUGAUCGAGAGGGAAUGGAAAUUGACAUCAGGGAACACAGAUAUCUGGAGCAUGGCGAACAUGGUGGUCAUUUAUACGGAACAAAAUUAGAUUCAGUACGAGAUUUAAUAAGAGCGGGAAAAAUGUGCGUUUUGGAUUGCAGUCCAGCAGCACUAAAAAUUCUUCACAACAGUACAGAAUUUAUGCCAUACGUUAUAUUUGUCGCCGCUCCUGGUAUGGAGCAACUCAAAAGUUUAUACGAUCUUGGAAGAUCAACUGGAGCCAGUAAUCGCAAUUUAACGUUCGACCGACAGAGCUCCAUCAGGUACAGUUCCAGAAGAGCGAGAACUUUGGAAUCACUCGCCUCAUUGUACGAGGAAGAUGAUUUAAAAUCGACUCUGGAAGAAUCGGCUGCCUUACAAAGAGCUUAUGAAAAAUAUAUUGAUCUAGUUAUCGUGAAUGAAGACUUUGAUAACACGUUCCGACAAGUUAUUGAAGCCUUAAACACCCUGGCGACCGAACACCAAUGGGUACCAGUCAACUGGAUUUAUUAAUUCACCAACAACAACAAUAACAAGAAAAAAUCUCUGCCAGAUAGUAAUUACGUCUCGUCAAAUUUAUACGAAAGAAAAAUUACAUUAUCAACAUUUUUUGCGAACAAAAGCAAAAAUACUAUACCAUAGAAGAGAAAGAAAUCCGUUUCGUAAAAAGCUAUUAAAAUACUAAAAUCGAAAAAAUAAUUACAGAGCUUCAAAUUUUAAAAAGGGAUCCAGAAUUUUUUUUUAUUUUCUAUUGUGACAAGACAGCAGCGAGUUAAAGAGUAGCAUUUACGUUAGUUUGUUAGUACCUUUUUUUAUCAACCCGUUUAUGACGCAAAGAUAUUAUUACAAUAAGUAAUCACAAGUAGAAAAUAUUUUUCAAUUCUUAUUCAGAGAGAUAAAAAUUCUUCUUAAAAAUUUAAGCAAACGAAAAUAACAAUUAUUCAAAAAAUUCAAAUUACUAAGAAGAAAAAAUUUACUUUACUUUUAUACCAAAAAUUAUUUUUCCUUCUCUUUAAGAUAAAAGAAAAAAACGGGUUGAGAGCAUUAGACGGCCGUCCAAUUAUUUUGUAAGAUGUUUUUAAAUGUUUAUUUAAUUUUAGCUGUUCAAAGAGCAGUUUUUUAAUUUGAGAUUUCUAUUUUUUUCAAACUAUAUAAAUAUUAUUUCUUUUUAUUCACAUUAUAUUUUUUUUGGCACAUAGUGCCUUAAAGUCUUGUGAAGUCUUUAUUAUUAUGUGCGGGACAUCCCCCAAUAAAAAUUGCGAGUAUUCUAAAAUAGAAUAACAAUUUUUACAAUACAUUUGCGAAUUACACGAUUUUCUUUAAGAAAUCCGUAUAUUAGCAGAAAGAAAAAAAAGAGACAAAAAAUGCAAAAAUUACGAAGAAAACAUUUGAAAAAUUAAAUAUUGUAAUACGUAUUUGUACAUUGUACAACCUGUACAUCGAUACGAGAUGUGAUCUCGCUUCAAUCAGUGAUACACAGAGUGAAUAAAGUUUAUGAAACAUUUGUUACGAA